UCGAAUAGCUGCCUCUGGCAUUCCUCCGCCAGGCAAGUGGAAAGCUUUUCAGGCACGCGAACAUAAAUUUAAUUGCCUCUUUAUAUCAGCAACCGAUUACGUAACCUUAUCAAAAGUAAACAAUUUGUUUUUCAUACAUGCUGGCAAUCUAAAUCAAACCUCGAAGGUUUGUUGGCUAAUGAUUGCCCUAUUUCCUAACAAUUAUAUUAAGAUUAUUAAAACUGCUUAAUUUUAGUUAUCAAUCUUACAAUUCAAGCAUAACCUUUGAGCCGAGUUAGCAGCUCUAAGCCAAGCUAAGCUGGCUUUUUAGUUUUGUCGUUUGUUUUUUGGUAGAACCGGGAAGUUGCGUUUGGAAUCUCGAGAGCGACGGACCUAAUAACAACCGCAAACCCGAAACAAAGACUUCUUUCUCUUCAAAAUCUAAGUAAAAGUUGAAAAGAUGAAAUUUGCGUUGCUGUUUCACCUCCUACUAGCUGGUUAUCUCUAUUCCCAGCCAGAGUUAGCAGAGGGAUCCAAGAUUUUAGCUGUUUAUGCCUUUCCAGGCAAAUCGCAUUUUAUGAUGCACACAGCUUUGAUGAGAGAACUUGUUGAGAGUGGCCAUCAGGUGACCAUGAUUUCAGCCUUUUCCCUGGAAAAAGAGAAGCUUGGCAGCAACUACACGGAGAUCUUGAUAGAACCGGUCUAUGAUUUUUGGCAUGAUGUUAAGCUGAACUUCGGAGCCCAGCAUUUAUUCGAGCUGACCCGCAUGAAUAACUAUGAUUUUCUAAAGAUGCUAGAGAUUAUUGGGGUGAAAACCACGGAACAUGCUCUACGGCAGCCUAAGGUUAAGGCUCUCAUUCAUGCCCAGCAGAAGGAGGGGGUCUUCGAUCUUCUCCUUGCCGAACAGUUCUAUCAGGAGGCCUUCCUGGCCAUGGCUCACCUUUACAAAAUACCCGUAGUGACGACGAGUACGUUGGGCUAUGAGAACCACAUGAGUCAGAUGAUGGGCUUGAUUACUCCUUGGUCAUUCGUGCCACAUGGUUUUAUGCCCUUCACCGAUCGCAUGAGUUUCAUGGAAAGGGUAAAGAACUCUUAUGCUUCCUUCUAUGAAGACAUGGACAGGUUGCUCAACUAUUUUCCGAAAAUGGAUGCGAUAGCCAGGGAGUUCUUUGGCCCCGUAAUGGCUGAGGUGCCAAAGGUUAGUCACAUGGAGCGGGAAAUCUCAGUGAUGCUGCUUAACAGUCACGCACCACUCACCACGGCACGUCCCACCGUGGAUGCUAUGGUGCCGGUGGGUGGCAUGCACAUCUAUCCACCCAAGCCUCUACCGUCGGACAUGCAGGCCUUUUUGGAUGGAGCCAGCGAGGGGGCCAUCUUCUUUAGCCUGGGCAGCAAUGUCCAGAGCAAGGAUAUGCCCGAGGAGAUGCUCCGACUGUUCCUGAAGGUAUUCGGUUCCCUUAAGCAGCGGAUACUGUGGAAAUUCGAAGAUGAGAGUAUUGUCCAGCUGCCGGAAAAUGUGAUGGUGAGGAAGUGGCUGCCACAGGCGGACAUUCUGGCCCAUCGCAACGUGAAGGUUUUUAUCACCCAUGGAGGAUUGUUUGGCACCCAGGAAGGAGUCCAUUAUGCUGUGCCUAUGCUGGGCAUUCCCUUCUACUGCGAUCAGCACUUAAAUAUGAACAAAGCCGUUUUGGGUGGGUAUGCCAUCAGCCUCCACUUCCAGUCCAUUACCGAGGAAAUCCUCAGGGACUCCCUGCUCCAGCUCCUCCAUAACACCACCUAUAAGGAGAACGUGCAGAGGGUCUCGAACAUCUUCCGGGAUCGUGAGCAGGAACCGCGCAAAACUGCUGUGUACUGGAUUGAAUAUGUCAUCCGGCAUCGGGGUGCUCCGCAUUUAAGAUCCGCUGGCCUGGAUCUUAACUGGUUCCAGUUCUAUUUGCUGGAUGUGAUAGCCUUUGUGGCCGUCAUUGCUCUGACUGGAAUCAUGGUCCUCUUAUUGGCCGUUAGAUUGCUGAUGGGCAGUAACAAAAAGCAGAAGAAGACUAAGAAAAACUAAUAUUUUCAAAGGUAGAAACGUUAGUGGAAAUACUUUUUCGGUAAACAGGGUAAAACAAUCCAAUUCGAGUUUAGACGACUUGAAUAGCUUAAUCUAGUGAUAACAAUAUAAUAAAUGUCUUAACUUUCUAUGUUC